AUGGCAUCCAGGUUUCAGUCAGUUCUCCUGACUAGCUUUAUUUGCUUUUGGCUCGCUUAUAUCCUAAUUGCGGUUGGUUAUUCUGCUCCAACCUGGUGUCCUCCAGAUGUCUUGGACUACAAUUCCAACCAUCCCCAGAGAGAAUGGAUACAGGAGAUCCAAGCAAGCAGAGCCUGUGGUCAGCCACCUGUCAGCCUCAACCGGAUUGUGAAGGGAAAGGAUGCUGUGCCAGGCGAAUUCCCCUGGCAGAUCAGUUUGCAGCUCAACCAAAGACAUGUCUGUGGAGGCUCUCUCAUUUCGGAAGACUGGGUGAUAACUGCAGCCCACUGUUUUUAUCAAUUCAGGGAUCUCUCCCAGUAUCAGGUCCUGCUGGGAGUCACUCAGUUGUCCAAUCCUGGCCCACAGGCAUGUUGCCUUGGAGUGCAGCAGGUCAUCAUCCACCCCAUGUAUGCCGGUCAUACCACCAGUGGUGACAUUGCUCUUGUGCAGCUUUCCAGGAAGGUUCAGUAUUCCUACUUGAUCCUCCCCAUCUGCCUACCUGAUGCCUCAUUGAAAUUCCCUCCAGGCAAAGUGUGUUGGGUCACUGGCUGGGGCAACUUGCGUCAUUCAGUCAACCUUCCCUCCCCACAAACCCUCCAGAAGGUGAAGGUGCCCAUCAUAGACUCAAAGAAGUGUGCUGAGCUCUAUCGCAAAAAUAUGGGUGAUGGCCUGAACCCACGAAUAAUCCAGGAUGAUAUGAUCUGUGCUGGCUACCCAGAGGGCAGGAGAGAUGCCUGCAAGGGUGAUUCUGGAGGUCCCAUGGUAUGUCUGAUUGGUCAGUCAUGGGUCUUGGCUGGCAUCGUCAGCUGGGGUGAAGGAUGCGCUAUCAAGAACCGUCCUGGAGUAUACAGCCGGCUUACAUACUAUGAGAACUGGAUCCACAGUUAUAUCCCAGAAAUUCAAUUUGUCAAAGAACCAAGUGACCCCACACCACGUGACUGGCAAAAAGAAAUCAGAGCCCAAAAGCACCCUGGGGUCCACUUGCCAGGCUAUGCCUCCCCACUCUCUGUCAGUCUUUUGAUAUUCUCAAUUUGUCUAUUGAUUCUCAUGUAACCAACGCACAGUGGGGAAACCCUUUUGUAACAACCAUAAUGUGGAAGAGAAAGGCAUCACAAGCCUUCUUUGACACCAACUGUACCAAACACCCUGACUUUCAUCAUCUCCUCUUGUUGGAAAAUUUAAACAGAAUAGUUUCUUCCUAAGUUCCUAUUUUAAGAGAGACAUUACAAGAACUGGUAUGGAAGACAAGCCAACUCAUGACAACUUAAAUUCUGCAAAUGUAGAAAAUGAUUUGAAAUGGGAGAGAAAUGAGGGGGUGGAAUGUAGAGCAUUUUUUCCUACCAGUUCAGAAUUUAAGGGGGAAUGACCUUAAAUUCCUGAAUUCCAAAUGUACACGGAUACUGUACAGUAUAUGUUACAUAGGUUUAAGGUUUCCAAACAUGACUCCACUGAAUAUUUCUGAAACUACAUAUAUAUUUUUAAGAAAUCCUCAGGUUUGAGCGUUUAUUUCAACUAGGUAUAUUUAAUUAAUUUUAAGUGAGAGUUUACAAAAAUGAGCAAAAUAUUUUUAUUAGGGGUAUGUAUAUAUCUGAAGGAAUGGAGAAAGCCCUAAAAGCCAUGGUAUCAGCAAUGCAGAGAAUUUAAAAAUGUCACAAGCUGUUCAGGUAUCCUCUUAAAUGUGGGUUAAUGAAAGACCACAGUUUUUCUUAAACUGGAGCUCUUAAAAGUUUGCAUUUACAGGGUUUUUUUAAUUAAAAAGUUUUCUCUUUUCUCAAUAUUUUAUUUAGGAAAUAAAUAAGGCAGCUGGGAAAGAGCAUCUACAUGUUUGUGCUUCUUUUCACUGUUCUCAUUUCCUGUAAUGAUCCUGCUUUGUCACGGAUAAAUCAUUUUAAUUCUCUGUCAUCUUACUUUAAACAUGUCCCAGCUUCUUUCUCUUCCUCCCACUCUCCCCUUUAUCCUCAGCUUACUUCAAUGGCUGCACACUGAGUUUAAAGUGUAAAAUGUAGUUUGCAUUCAGCUAAGAACCUUAUCACGUUGGGAUAUAUUCUUUUUCUGAGACUCUUUGAACACGCUUCCGAAUAGGUUCUAUAACAUGACAUUUGUCCCAUUCCAUCAGUAAUCUGUUUAAAUCUAUCUGCAAAAACACUGUAGAAAUGGAGUACACAUGGGAUUCUAAUUGUGUAUUUUGAUUUAAUAUAGUUCUGAGGCGCUGUUGUUAUGUGUCAUCAUAAAAUCAGUGUGCAUUUCAUCCGCUAAAUCUCAUGAGAAUGGUAGUUCAAGACUUCCAGCCUGUGCAAUAUUAGAAUUUUUUAAAAAGGAUAUAGAGAGGCAUUCAAAUGGAAUGGGAUUAGCCAGCCUUCAGUGGUGUGAUAAGUCAAAGUGCAGUACUGUAUUUUCAAAAUGUAAGGAUCGGGUGUGUUCUUCUUCAUUAAUAACUCUUGGUGUCAUGAUCACAUUCUAAAGUUGCUUUGCCACAUGUUCUGAUUUUUGUUUGUGAAAUAUUUGAGGGUAUACAUUCUCAAAUAGAUAAGAUACUCAUGUUAACUGCAUCGGUGUUAUUGCAGGUUAAGGAAGAUAAACAUGUGUAAUGAAACCAACGAACAUACAAGGGAGGAGCCUUUUGGUUGUUCCUCACAGUUCUCUAUAGCUGUUAAGGUCACCUACCUCCCUAACUCUUUUGCAUCUAAUCUACCUCCUCCAGGUCUGUUGAUGUUCCGCUUGGUUUCAUCUCAUGUUUAUAUCUUUGUUGAAGUUUUUCUAAACAACUUUAUUGCCAAUUAAGAUCUCAUCAAGCUUUGCAAGAGCUAAGCAUGUUUGCUCAAUUCCAAUCUGUGAUAUGGAAAGCAAGGCUUGCAACACCAGCUAGUGUAGUUUUUGGUUGAUGGCCAACAACGAACUGGAUUCUGGAGAGAACAAAGCAACUGCAUGUGCUUUUGCCAGGGAACAAGAGGGAGGCAAUGGUUCAGCGAGAGAGCCAAUUGUCUGCAUGCAGAAGAUUCCAAGUUCAGUUUACAGCAUCUUAAUUUUUGAAAACAGUGGUAAUAUGAGAAGCAUUGUAGAUGGGCCCAACUUCAAACUCUGACAUAUCAUUUGAGAAGACAUUGGGUACCAAGUGGUAAGAAAGCUGAGCUUGGAGAAGUGACUUUUUCCAAUUAGAACCCCACAGCCAACCCAAAAGUUAAUCUUUCCAAACGCUCUAAAGACCUCUGCCUGAGAACAUAGAGAUUGCCCAUUGACUGUCCUUCAAAUUGAGGGAUGUUUGCCCUCUGAAAAUAGAACAUUUAAUUUAAAGAAUCUAAAGAACAGGUCAGCAAAGUAUGAAAAGCCACUAAUUUUCUCAUGCAUAGUUAUGAAAAAAGAUAUAAAAUUGAAUAAAAUGACAAUGGGUUUUCUAAGUGUUAGCAAACUCUUGAUAGGGAGAUUUCUGGAGAAAUAAAAACCAUCAUGGUUCAGGACCUUCUCAGCAUGAAAAAUGCACAUUCUUGUAUGUUUGUUUGCUCAGAACAUGGCAUGUUCUGUGUAAAGCCCGUGCAAAUAGUGUUUGAAAAUGGCACAGGUUCAUAUCAGUAAUAUGGAGUCAAUACCCUUUCUUUUUUUCCCUAAAGGAUAAAGAAAAUGGCUUGUGGUGGAUAUAUGUAUUUUAUAGAAAUCAAAUUCAAUGUAUUCAUUUUCAUAAGAAUUGUAUUAUAUCUUUGACUGUUAAGUACUGUAUGACUUUUAAGACAAAUAAACCAGUUACCUAUUC